UUCGAGGCGUGUGCAGACUGUGCACUUCCUUUCAGGAGUUUUGUACAGUAUUUUUAAUCUCAACCUGGUACAUUCUUUUUGUAUCUAACUUUAGGAUUUGUUGAAAGACGUCCCUCUUUUGUCGAGGACAUGGAUUUCUCGCUGGCAGAUGCCAUAGCGGACGAUGUCCCGGGCCAAGCUGAGAAAGCAAGUAACCCCAACCCAACCGCCCCUCCUCCUCCCACUAACCCAGGAUGGCCUGGUGCAGCUCCUGGAGCCCCAACACAGCCCUCUGCUCCUGGGGGAUUCCCUGGGGGGGCACAGUCUGGUCCAGGGGCCCCAGGGCAGUUCCCUGGAAGUCAAGGACCCUUCUCUUCUGGUCCUGGAGCCCCAGGGCAGUAUCCUGGAGCUCCCUCUGCCCCCGGUGGGUUCCCGCCUGGCCCAGGGGUACCGGGACAGUACCCAGCCGGGCCCGGAGCACCGGGACAGUACCCAGCCGGGCCCGGAGCACCUGGACAGUACCCAGCCGGGCCCGGAGCACCUGGACAGUACCCAGCCGGGCCCGGAGCACCGGGACAGUUCCCUGGACAGUUCCCCCCUGGUGGGACCCCCGGUCAUUUCCCUGGAGGCCCAAUGCAGUACCCAUCCGAACCCUUCCAGACUAGCCCUGGAGCACCCCCAGGGCCCUACCCUAAUGUGCCUUACCCAGGAGCCCAGCCUGGUGGAGGGAUGUAUGGGCCUGGAGGUCCAGGAGCUGCCUUCCCCCCUGGAGGAGGCACCUUCCCUGGGUUCCCUGGUGGGGCCUUCCCUCCAAUCCCCCCUGGAUCAUGGAGUCCUGGGGGCGGUGGAGUUUUCCCUCCCCAGCCCGGUCACCCUGGCUCUUUCGGUCCAGGUCCCAUGGGACCAUACGGGGGAUCGGCAGCUCCAGGAGGAAUGUUGCCGGUGCCGUACGAACUGCCUCUCCAUGCUGGCAUCAUGUCCAGGCUGUUGAUCACCAUUGUAGGGGAACCCAUUGUUGGAGGAGAAAGGUUCCACGUUGACUUUUUAAAAGAGGAGGACGAGGAGGACGAUGAAGAGGUUGUGUUCCACCUCAACCCUCGUUUCUAUGAGCAACAGGUUGUCCGUAACUCCCACCUGGAUGGGUGUUGGGGUCCAGAGGAGAGAGAUGGAGGCUUCCCCUUCGUUCCUGGACAACGUUUUGAGCUGAAGGUGCUAGUGGAAGAGGACUCGUUUAAAGUAGCCGUGGAUGGGAACCAUUGUCUGGAGUAUGAGCACAGAACCGGAGGGUUUGAGGACGUCACCCUGCUACGUGUGGUGGGGGAUGUCACUCUCUACAGCGUGGCCCCAAGCAUGAUCUAACACUCAAGAGACUACCGCCCAGUCCCAUAAUGGCACCCUAUUCCGAUAGGCUCUUGUCAAAAAGUAGUGCACUACAUGGGGUGCCAUAGGGCUCUGGUUAAAAGUAGUGCACUUACAUAGGGAAUAGUGUGCCAUUUGGGAUGUAAGUCCAGUUCACUUCACCUGACUGACACUGUGGCCAAUGAUCUGGAUGGGGGCGGUGCAGAUCACAUACCUCUUUUCACACUACCGUGCUGAACCAAACUGCUAGCUAGCAUGGUUCCAGCAACUGUGGCGGAUGGGUAACCAGGCCCGGCUCGGUUUAGCUCCGUGGUGUGAAAAGCCCUACACAGCAUGUCCUGUAGGCUAUAGGUAAAAAGAGAUCUAAUUAUUUGACUGUGUCAUUUAAACGUGGUAGUAAUUUUUUUUAAUUUUACCUUUAUUUAACCAGGCAAGUCAGUUAAGAACAAAUGGUAGCCUAGGAACAGUGGGUUAACUGCCUGUUCAGGGGCAGGAUGACAGAUUUGUACCUUGUCAGCUCGGGGGUUUGAACUCACAACCUUCCGGUUACUAGUCCAACGCUCUAACCACUAGGCUACCCUGCCGCCCCUAUCUAUACAAAUGAGGGCAAGGAACUAGGCUAUGUAACAGUAUCGGAGAAGGAGAUAGCUGCUUUUUAACAGCAGUUGAGGGAACGUAACCAUAUUUAAUCUGCAUGAAAUGUCUCAAGGACAAAGGGGGGCGUGUCCUUUUAGCAUUUCACAAUGUUGUCAUGACGGCAGCAAAGUAGACUGUAUAUUGUUUUUGUAUGUCUAUAAUUACAAAUGAGCCUUUCAGGGUUAUGAUGCAUGUUGUGUGUGUAACCAAUGGACUGAACAUCCGUGUAGCUUUUGCUUUGAAACACUUUAUUCUAUUGCAAUGCUGUCUGCAAGGCUGAAUGGACAUGGACGAGAAGGAUAGAGAGAGAGCCUCUGUGUACUGUAAACUGGUGGAGUGUUCAUUUAGCUAAGAUCAUAACAUGUGUGUCGACAUUUUACAGUGUUAAUCCUCUAGGUCUCGCCGAUUUUUAAGGUCUGUUAAAUGUUAUGAAGUAGUCAGAUCUGCAGCUAAAAUGAAAUGUCGUAGCUAAAUCAAUGUAUCACUUUGUAGAUGUUACCAAAGACUUAAGUAUUAUUUUCAAAAAUGAAGUUUUGUCAAUAAAGAAUGAAGAGAGCUGAUACAUUC